AUGGCUAGAACUGGUAUCGCUGUCGGAUUGAACAAGGGUCACAAAACCACCGCCAAGGAGGUCGCCCCAAGACGUGUCAACCUCAAGGGCCGUGUCUCCAAGAGAGGUGCUUUCGUUAAGAGCAUCGUCUCUGAGGUCUCCGGUUUGGCUCCAUACGAGAGAAGAUUGAUCGAGUUGAUCAGAAACGCCGGUGAGAAGAGAGCCAAGAAGUUGGCCAAGAAGAGAUUGGGUACCCACAAGAGAGCUUUGAAGAAGGUUGAGGAGAUCAACACCAUCAUUGCUGAGUCCAGAAGACACUAA